AUGGCCAUCCAACUUGUUAAAUCGUUUCAACAUUUAACUGCAUGCUUCAUCCUCGCAAUCAAGAACACAUUUUCAUCUAUCACCACUACCACCAAGCAUCUCAAAGCCAAGCAUCACGACUGUAUCAAAGCUGACAGAGUUAAACUGCUCUUACAAAAACUUCAAGAAGAAAAACAUACCAACCUUCAACUCAACUGGAUAUCUGAACAUCGCCAGGAGAUACGACGGGCUCACAAUAUCAUCCAACGAGAAACAUACAUCCGUGAGCUAUUUUUCGACUAUGACAUCCAAGCUCAGAAGGAAAGCCCGCCAGAACCUUACACCCUGAAGAACCUUCAAAAAUGCGAUCUCGAGCUCAAGCUACUCAACAUUGAAUACUUCGAACACCUGGAACGGAUGGCAGAACUCAUGAAGCGAAAACCACUAGGGCACCUCGUUCAUCGAUAUGCGAGAAAUCUGCGACACAAUCUAAAACAGCUCUGGAUUAUCGAACGGACCUACUGUCAACUUCGGGGAGGCUGCUGCGCUCGUGAAUGUGGUUGCUGUGAGCGACCUUGGGAUACCAUCCGGGACCCUUCUGGAAAGAUUCAAUAUAUGCACUGCACCGGAAGCUGUGGAUGCUGCACCCGCCACCGCGGUUACUCUUCCUCAAGUAUGGUGGUGAAUAAAAAAUCCGACAUCUAG